UCUGUCUCAUUGUUCUAUCUGUGGUAACAUUUGUAAACCAACUUCCGUGACAGCCACACUGAACUUGCUGCAGCCAGCCAGUCUGUUCUCUGCUACCACUCGAACAGGCGUUAAAGGGGCUCGUCUCAACAUAGGCCAAUGAUUUCCAGCUCAGCGAUUCUCAAAGGGACCCGUGCCGUCCAGCGCAUCAGACCGCUACACACCACACUCAUUGCCAACAUGCCUAUCAAGGUAAGAAAUGCCGUCAGAAAAAUGUUUGAUCGAAAAAUAACGCCCCUUCUUGACCUUGACUGCAGACUCUUUAUUUAGAGGUUUUUUAACACGUGAUUCUUUUAUUUAUUGUCGUUGUUGUCCAUGAUGCAUACAACCGCCAUGCUCAAGCCACAUUAUCUAACGUUACUCAAAGGCCAUAUUGCACUGAUGAUGGGUAAAGCAUGAUCGACUGGUGCAUUCAAUCAGUGAGCACGGUUAUAUGCACACACAAACUAACUAUAAUCUGACUAAAACGUUUACAUGCUUUGUAAGAAUAACGAUUUCCCUAAUAAUCCUGUUUACAUGACACAUCUGAAAUCAGGCUAACGUUACCUGAUGGGACUUUUAAUACAUGCAGAAAAUCGCCAAUCAAAAUAAACGUUCUACUACACAGUGACCAUGUUAUUUUGCGUUGUUCGGACACAUAGUUUUCACAUACACACUUUAUAAAUGCAUAUACUUUACGAACUCACUUCACUUGAGCAUAAUGCCCACCAGAUGCAUGUGUUUUGUUUUUUCAGAUGUCUAGUCCGCAUUUAACCGUACUUGACGCACAUGUAUUUCGCUUUUCAACUAGCUAGCAAAGAGGAAGAGAGCGGUCCAACUCAGUGUUGCCAACUCCUCAGUAAGGAAAGUAGCUAUUGGCUGUCCUAAAAGUAGCUAAAUGACGUCAUCAUCUAAUUUGCAUAAUUGGCCAUGUGCAUGUAAUUGUGAUGGAUGCUGUAGGAGAGAGGAAUAACUCUUGGGAGAGACAAAAAGUGAGUAAAAAACACCCUACAUUUACAUCCCGCCCUGAAUGUAAGCCAGGGCGGGAUCAGCCAUGCGCGAUUCAUUUGCAGUCUCGACGUGGAGGGGUGAACAUCUCCUGCUCUGACCGCAGCUGGGAGGGACUGCUGCUCGUGCGAGGACUGGGACGCCUGUGAGUGCUUUGGGACUGGGGUGGGGCCCGCGGCAGCACCCGCUGCUCGUUGAGAAGAGUAAGAACAAUACGUGCUUUCACGUCAGAGUCUCCAAUAACACCAGAAAAAGUCGCUAGAUUUGUCGCUAGUCGCUUUUAAAAAAACGUGUCACUAGAGGGGUCUGAAAACUCGCUAAAUAUAGGGACAAAGUCGCUAAGUUGGCAACACUGGUCCAACUCGGCGGAAAAUCUAUCUCCCUACAGCAGGUGGCGUUUUUCGUUUCGCCCACCAAGCAGGGAGGUUUGUAUGGAGGUCAAUGAGUGUCAAAUUUGGUUAAAAACAAAACAUGUAUAGCUUAUUUGCUACAUGAGGUUUAUUUGAUCGAAUAGAAGUUUAAUACUUAAGUUAAAAGUGUACUGAUAUAAGUAGGACACGUGACAUCCUGGCAACUUUGAGAAAUAACACUAUAUAGGAGUUGCCUCGAGAUGGCUAUGCAUAUUCAUGGCAUGAAGUUAGUAGCAUAGCAUCUCUCUCCAUUGAAUACAGGUGGUUGACAUCAACAUCCCUCAUCGAAUAUUUAAAAAAGGAUUACAGUAAUGAGAUGUAUCCACCAAUCCAAACAAAGGAUAGGCGGGAGCUAUACAGCCUGCCAUGCAGCUUUGUGGACAACAACUCCCAUUGUUAGGGCAGAGAGACAUGUAUCUUGUCAGCAUAUCCAUAAUCUUUGAAGCUAGCAAGUUGGAGUUUGUGUACUUCCAUUUGUACCAUUGCACGGUGAAGCAACGCACAAGCUGAAAAUAUUGAACACAAGCGGUACACAGAACGAGGCUUGAUGCCUCAUGCCCAAUGUCCACCAGAUGCAUAUGCGUUUUGUUUUGCCGGAUGUCUAGCCCGCCGGAACCCAAAGACUUUGAUGCAUCAUGUCCACCGGAUGCAUCAAACUCGGCGUUCCGGCGGAAGUAAUUCACUGUCAAUGGAGCAGUCCGCAACGCUACGCUGGGGGUGCUGCACUAGGCUGCGGUGCGUUCUGUAUACCGCAUGCGUUCCGUAUUUUCAACUCGUGCGUUGCUUUAUCGUGCCGGGGUACAAACGGAAGUACACAUACUCCAUCUAGCUAGCUUUUAGCUAGUUGAAAAGCGAAGCAGAUUCGGCAAAACAAAAUGCCUUAGAUUUCUCUACAUGCCAUUUUUAUUUGUGGUAAUAUAGCUCAGUCAGCGGUAGACAUACCAACACUGCGCAUGACUGAGCCAGCUGCUGUCAGUGAGUGCCCCAGAAAGGACUCUGCUUUUGGCUCUAUACAUUCAGCAAAGUCACGAUGCUGCAGUAGUAACUUUUCAAGGCCGUUGUGGUGGCAAAAUGUCCAAUACAUUAUUCAAAUGCUGCUGUACAGAGUCAAGUUCCAAAUUCGAUAUCUGUGACUAAUUGAAGGGGGUUGCAUUUUAUGUGUAACAGAACAGAAUAUGAUUUUCAGCUUUCAUGUUUUUCCAUAUCAUUUGAUUGACCUUCAACAGUGUUUGAUUGAAUGAAUGCUUCACACUCACUAGGUUGGAGAAAAACUUCCGGCAGUGGAGGUUCAUGAGAAUGAGCCAGGCAAUAAGGUGUCUAUGGACCAGCUCUUCAAGGGGAAGAAGGGAGUUCUCUUUGCUGUGCCAGGGGCUUUCACUCCUGGGUGCUCCAAGGUAACCUCCAUUCAGAUCAUCCUCAUUUCAAUGAAUUUACAUGUAUGUGCAUUCCUCUUUUUUUAUCAAAGUUUGUUCACCAUGUACAUCCAUCAUCUGAAAUCACUGUUUCACCCCCCAGUCCUCUUGCUCUUAUCCCUCAGACUCACCUUCCAGGGUUUGUGGAGCAGGCAGCAGAGCUGAAGAGCAAGGGUGUGCAGGAGGUCGCCUGCAUCUCCAUUAACGACGCAUUCGUUAUGGCUGCCUGGGGAAAGGAGCAUGGAGCAGACGGCAAGGUGCAGAAUGCUGUUUGAAAUUAACAAGCUGAUACCUUGACCUUCAGCCUUCUGAAUAGUCUUGUCGUGACGUGACUUUCAUUAAUAUGACUGUUAUUUAUCAAAUCAACUAACUAUUUACUCAAUUUAAAAUAAUAAUGUAACAACUCAUUAGCAUUUGGGGCACCACAGAAGAAGUUGUUCAUAGAGUUACCAUCUCCCGAAUUAAACUCUAAAAGGUCUUUACCUAUCAAUAUGUAUAAAACAGUCAACGUAUCAAUCAUUACCGCUUAUCAGUCGUCAUUCUGAAUGGUCGCAGAAUUCUUGGAUCCGCAAGAACCCCAGCUUUACUUAUGAUUCAGCACUACACAAAUUGGCGUAAUUACUUAUUUACUAGCUAACUAAAUAAUAACACAGAAUACAUACAUACUUAAUACAUGAGAAAGUCCCUAGCGGACUAACAACAGCAUGACUGCUUGGUUAUUAAAAGAGGGAGGGGUAGAUAGGGAGAGACAAAGAGAGUCAAACUUAUCGUUGAUACAUUUGGAAGCUACCCUCAAAGUAAUCAUAAUACUUUGCUCACGAACCACCGCCCGUUUGGGUAAGAAGUCAUAAAUGUAUUUAUGUGUAGAUGUCUUUGUUCGUCGUCUCUCUGUUGAAACCAAUCAAUCCUUCUAUGGGAAGGGGUAGGUUUUAUUGUCCCGUUUCAGUGUAAGGCUCUGCUUUUCCUGGCUUGGAGUGUUAAAAUAGAACAGAUACUCAGAUGCAUUCUAAUGAUUGUCUGAGAUGGGAUUUUCUUCUUCCCACCUUGUGUGGUUAGUGAAAGUUCAAGAUCACUUUACACGGACAGCUGCAUUCUGGCAAUGUUCUGGUCUAGUGAGUUUAUCUUCUUCUCCUCGUGUUGAGAUUCAAAGGUCUAACCAUUUCAAACGUGUUGACUACCGUCUCACGUCUGUCUGGUCUAACCAUUUUCAGCCGUGUAGCCACAGCUCCACGCUUUCUGGUCUAAUGUAAAUUUCGUUACCAAGGCUGUUUAUGCACUCUGAUAGAAGGGGAUUUCCUACUUGCUGACACGGUCUCUGAGCUCACUCGGGGCGUGGCUACUGACUGUGCAUAGCUUAUAUGAAAACCUAUGAUCUCGUUAGAAAACUAAAAUCUCAUUCCUAUCUUAACAAAAAUACUGUCGUAAUUCUCCAUAUUAUAUACACAACAUAUUGGAUGUAAACUUGACAGAUAGUGUGUAUACUUUCCAAAUUACAGUAUUUUCGUUAUAACAGUUUUAAUGACAUCACAAAAUAAUAAACAAUAUGACAUGAUUGGACUUUAGAUCCCCACUGACCAUUCCAAACAUUUGGCUGUUAGGAAUAUUGUUCCAGUGUUUACUUUUGGGCGUAAAAGUCUUCCUACAUUCCUUUCCCCAUACUAGGGGGCCUGAGAGAUUCACCUCCUCUCUAAUUUAUGGCAGAGUGUUAAGGUGUCAAGACCGGCACAGCCCCCACUCCCCUCUUCUGUGGGUAAGAGGGUCUGGUUGUUGUCAGACAUUUGCCAAGCUGAUCUGAGGCCUUUGAUUCCUCACCCAGGAGAGUCAUGACAGUCUGUUCAUGUAGUCUACAUAGUGCAUUCUUCAGUCCUGGGCUGAAUAUCUCCCUUCUGUUAUUCUGAUCUCCAGCACUUGACUUGGUACAGGAAAGCUUAGUCAUCUGGUUGCAGGUCUUUGUCUUAUGUAAUCAAUCUGGAGCAAUCUGCAGUUGCUACAUCCAUUUUUAGUCUUUUAAAUGAAUGAUACGUACCCAGUGAUUAUUGAAGACUAAACUUAAAUGCCUCAUGAGUUUAUUUCUACGGUCCUAUUCGAUUAGAACCCCAAAUGUAACCUUGUUUUACUCCAUUGUUGAUAAACAAUGUAAUUGUAAACAAACUCUAGGCUACAAACAUGGUUAAAACUAUAAUUUUGAUCUCAUAGAUGGCCUUGCAUCCAUAGCUCUGUCUAGGAAUGUGAGUGGUUACAUUUCUCAAGCCCCAUCCCUCAGCAGUUUACCAAAAACAGUGGCGGGGUGUACCACUUUGUUUUAACUGCUGAUUACCUCUAACAUGAAUUGGAAAUAUCUUAUUUCCCAAACAGAGACGUUAUUACAACAAGACCAUAACUGGUUGAAUUUUAUAGAGAUCUUUCAGUCUAGACCUGUCUAAUAGUUGUGGCAUUGAGUCCCUGUCACUUACAGGCCCUGUUCUUGAUCAUGUUUGCAUCUCAAAGAGUGUUAGGCCGGGAAUCAAUCCGAUCGCGCUUGUAGACAAUGCAGCUUUUAAAGGCAAUGUUACCAUGUUUGCGGAGAUCGCGUUCAAGGGAAACACUGCAGACGUUGGCUCAAUUGGAAAUUACCUUUAAUUAAAUGUCAUGAAUGCUACAGCUUGGUUUCGGUUUGAAUCCCGGCCCUAAUCUGCGCAUGCAAGUAUUAAAUGAAUAUACUGUUUGUAGUUUAAUCAUACAUAUCGCUACAGUGUACACAGAAUUUAUACUUGCGUGUGUACUGUCUACGGCCCGUCUUUUGCAGGUGCGAAUGCUGGCUGAUCCUACUGGAGCAUUCACUAAGGUCAGAUACGUCUUCAAAGCCUUGAUUUUAUUAGUUUACACGUUAUGUACAUUGUGUGAAUCUAACCUCCAUUUUAUUUACAGGCAGUGGACCUGUUGCUAGACAACGAUCAGAUUGUUGCUGUGCUUGGAAACAAGCGCUCCCAGAGGUGAGGUCUUAUUUUCUCCUACAUCAGUGUUGAACUUGCUGCAGUAGCCUGGGUCACACUUAACAUGUUUCUGUUUAGUCUCACUCAUCUCAACAUUUGGAUUUCACACUGCAAAAAGCAUAAUCAACCCCAAUAAAUUGUCACAUUCCUUGUCUCUUAGGUACGCUAUGGUGGUGGAAGAUGGCAUUGUGAAGAAAAUCAAUGUGGAGCCUGACGGUACUGGUCUCACCUGCAGCCUGGCCUCCAACAUGCUCUCUGAGCUGGUGUAGUUCUGUUGGGACUAGCUCACUCCAACCACAGACAGCAGAAGUCUAACCUUAAGUUACAAUGCACUGUCAUACUAGUUUACCUGACCCUUCUUGUCACAUGCCUGUGCAACUAUGAUCUCAAGAAGUGGAAGGAAAUAGAUGUGGUUUAAUGUACAGCAAUUGUUUGGUUCAUAAACUGCAGUCCAAAACUGUGAUUAAAGCAAUACUAUAGAUGUGCUCAGCAAAGACA